GAUGACUUGAAGCUUCUUUUUUGAGUUCGCAAGUCUUUCUUCGUUGCCUUCUUCACCUUCUUUCCCUUCUCUUCGCGGGCAGUGCCCUUUUCUUUUUGAUUCGACCAUCCUCCCAGCUGCGCUGCUUCAUCAAACCUGCGUCUCGACGACCUAGUUUCAUAUCUUUGUCACUUUUCCCUCGACCGUAGACUCGGAUUUAUAGCACUUUAACAACAAUCAACUUCCCAACCUAACUGUUUACUCAUUACCAAACUCGAGAUGGUUUCUCCUAUGGGCACUUUGAGGAGGCGCGCUAUCCGCCGCCCGAGAUACAUCAGAGACGAUUUGAAGAUCGCCGUCCGCGACGAUCCGGGCGAAAUCUCAUCUGACGACGAAGAUUCCCCUUCGCCCAAGAGCACCACGUUCCCACCCAGCGCAAGACCAACAGCACCCCCUCCGCCACCAGCAGUCGGAGUGGCUCCGCCCGCCGUCCUCAACCCUGCCAACCCCACGGAUACGGAGAGCGGCACAUCGAGUGAUUCCCCGUCGCCCACGUCUACCGAAUUCCCGAGACCGACUGAGCCUCCGCGCGGCCCGCAACGCGGAGAGACUGGAGCCACUCCUUUUUCUUCCUCUAUCAGUACUACUACCGAAUCUUCAAGCUCGACCAGGACUCCCACGGCUCUCCCAAAUAGCCGCAGCACCACUAGCUUCGACUCGCAGCCGACAGGGGGCACGACCAGGGGAGGCAACGACACCGGUCUUGGGGACGAUAGGUCUGGUGAAGUAGGAUGGACACCAACCGCGAUUGCGUUCGGGACGAUUGCCAUCGCUGCACUCUUCCUCGUCAUUGGCGUCGGUAUCUGGUGGUGUCUCCGCUACCGAAAACGCCGCCAAGCCCGUCAUAUCUACGAACGAAGCAUGUCACCCGACAACCAUCAAUACUGGGACCCCUCGUCAACCUUCUCGGCACCCUCUAUGCCCGCUGCCCGCCCGUCCCGCCGCUCACCCUCAAGCAUCUUUGCCGAACUCAUGGGCCACGCCUACGCCGCAGAGAACGGCAAUACAGGAACCGGAACUUACAGUAACGACCGCAACUCGCUGACACCCCAGGGCUACCUCGACGAGAAGAGGUACGACCCCGCCCGCCAGCUACCCAUCCUCGAGCCCGCGCCCGUCGCCCAGCCCAACGUCCGUAACUCCAUCGCCAGCUGGAUCCGUCGCCACCACCCACUCAAGUUGAAUCCCAUGUCCGGCCGUAGCAGCAUGUACUCCACCCGCAGCGGCUUCGGCGCGAGCACGAACAACAUCAACGCACCGCCGGUCCCGAACGUGCCGGACGCCUACCGAAGCACCGACCGAGUGGAACAGACCGGGCUAGCUCCUCCGCCUCAGCAGCAUUACGCACCAUCUAGCCAAUAUGACACCGGAAGCCCCUCAACCGACUACAACACCAACUCCCUUCUGUCUCUAUACCAAACUCAACCGCCCCAACAGUCUGGUCAGCAGCAGCCCCCGGCAGCCCCGUGGCUUCAGGACCCGCCCCCGGUCGUGUUAGGCGAGCGCGGCGUCUCCAUGGCCCCGACUGAAGCUACCGAAAGUACCUGGCGAAGCUGGGGCGCCGGCGUCAACCAGCCCCAGCACCAGCAUCAAGCCCCUCCCGAGACCCCUCGCAAGGGCUGGAUCGAGAAGUGUAUCAAAUUCGGAGGUCUGAAAUAAAGGGCUUGUACAAAGAAGCAAGAAGAACAUGGAUUGCUGCGACUAGUUACUUACACCCCACGCCUGCGAUACCGCAAAAGCCGAUACCAUAGUGUUGAAUACCUGUUUCGAGUGUGCAUAUUGAGCAAACUUACCAAAACGUACAUACAAAUUGAGAUUCUACGAGACCCGAUGGGACUCGUCGACAUGAACCCGACUUCCAUCUUUUACUCCAUUCUAGAAUAAGCGCCUGGUCAAGGGUAACA